UGUGUACCUGGAGGUCGAAGAGGGAAGGCUCCACCGGACUAGUAUGACGCAACCGGGUAUCCCGAGAUUCGGUAUCAUUCCGAAGGAGACCCCAAAACUUCAGGCUCUUCGGCAUCACUCUUCACAAGCUAGCUUUCCAAUCCAACGCCCUCAUCCAAUAGCGCAUAUUGUACAUGCGCUUCCGCCACUUCGUCGCCCUCGCAGACCCUCGUCUCUACACGCUCGCCAACUUCCGCGUCCGCUCUCAUUGGCGCACUAUGGCCGCCGCUCCGCCCCCAAACCGCCCCAUAAAGCUACUGAUGCUUCAUGGCUAUACACAGUCAGGGCCUCUGUUCCAGGCGAAGACGGGUGCCUUGCGUAAAACAUUAUCUAAAGCCUUCCCUAAGGGCAUAGAACUUGUGUAUCCUACUGCGCCGAUACGGUUGACACCCGCCGACGAAUCGUUCCUAGCAGGUAGCACGGGCAAAGAUGGCGAGGGCAAGGACGGAAAGGACGGAGAGGAGCAGGAGAUCGAUGCGUGGGCGUGGUGGAGGAGGAAAGGUUCAGGGGAACCAUACACAUACGAAGGCAUAGAGCAAGGUCUGGCUCAUAUCGCAAACGUGUUGAAGGAACAAGGUCCCUUUGACGGUGUCGUGGGGUUCUCCCAGGGCGGUGCCGCGGCAGCCAUGGUCGCGAGUCUACUCGAACCCAACCGUCGCGCUGCAUUCGAGAAACUUUACCCAGAGGGCGGCAUGAGGUUCCCAGAGUCUUUUGAAGAAGACACUGGCUAUGUUGAGGGAACCAUACAUCCGCCGCUGAAGUUUGCGGUCAGUUAUAGUGGCUUCGCAGCGCGUGGGAAGAACCCGUAUCACGCUUUCUAUGAGCCCAAGAUCAGCACACCGAUGUUGCAUUUUCUAGGCACACAGGACGUUGUGGUUGAGGAAGCAAGGAGUUUGGCCUUGGUCCAGGCUUGUGAACACAGCGAGGAGAAGUAUGUUGUGUAUCAUCCUGGCGGGCACUUCCUACCGAGCACACAGAAGGCUAGCGUCAAUGCAUUGAUUGGGUUCAUCAAAGAGGUCCUGCAGGAACAGGAGGGAGGGGCAAAGAAGGAGGAGGAGAGUGUUGAGGACAUGGAUGUGCCGUUCUAGGGUUCAAGGGGAUCGAUCCAGUCCACUUCAGUGCAUCUAUGUAUACAGAAGCAAGGCGUUUAGGUAGACUUUGAUUAGACGAUAGACCAAACGCGGCUGCGAGUUCUCGCAGCCAUCAAUGCCAUGCAAUGCCACGCAAGACGCGACGCGGGGAGCGCUGGUCACAGGACCAGGCGAUAUGUGCACGGACCUCAUACCCCAUUGUUUGGGUUGGCGCCUUUCAUGUUUACAUCAGUGC